AUGAAGUUCAACAAGCUUUUCUUCGUACAAAUUUUCGGUGAAUUCUGUGCCGCUUCGAUGUGGAUGCAGUUACAUUGUUAUGGCAUUGAUCCGUUAGUUGCCGAAGGUGGCGUAAUGUCGUAUGGUCUCUGUGACGGCUGCGCACUGAUGAUAAUCAUACAGACAUUCGGUUGUGUAUCUGGCGCCUACAUGAAUCCCUGUUUAACAGUUGCCGGCGUCAUUAUGGGAAAACUGAAGUGGGAUUUGGCCAUAUUUUAUGUGAUUAUGCAAUACUUGGGUACAAUGCUCGGUUUGAUACUGGCUUAUUACACAACACCGGCGAUGACGAGAUCAGAUCUCUAUUGUGUAACUGAUUUGUCACCACAGACCUCUAUACUAGGCGGUUGCCUUUUGGAAUUCCUCAUGACUUCAGCAUGGGUGUUGGCCCAGUGUUCUGCCUGGGAUAAGCGCACUCACGGCAUUCAAGAAUCCAUAUCUUUACGCAUGGGCGCCGUAAUGAUGUCACUUGUACUUUGCGCGGGUUACAUGACCGGUUUAAGCAUGAACUCAGCAAAGAGCUUAGCUGGUGCUCUCUUCAACUGGCAUUGGAAGAACAACUGGAUUUAUCAUGCAACAACGUAUCCGGCAGCAAUUCUCAUGUCACUCGUGCACAAAUUUUUACUUAACGAAGGUUCGAAACCUGCCGAAGAGUAAACAACUC